ACUCUUUUAUAGCAGUAGGUACUCCACAAACAAAAUGCAAGUUCAUAUAUAGGCGUGCGUCUUUUUCUGCAUACUUGUCUACUUAUCCCCAAUUAACUUGACUGGAGAGAGCAACCAAUGGAGCACGGCCUCUGUGUAGCCGCAACAACAGGGAACAUCGAUUCACUGCCAGAAAUAAUCGGAAAAGAUGAACUGAUUUUAGACAGAGUUGCUGCCGGAUGUUCCAGCUGCACGAGUCCUCUCCACGUGGCGACAUCAAACAACCGAUUGAAGUUUGUCGAAGAACUGCUGCGCCGCAAACCGGAGCUCGCAGAAGUCCUGGAUUCGCAACUACGGUCGGCCCUUCACCUGGCAUCGGCCAAGGGGCACUACGAGAUUGUGAAGGCAUUAGUGAAGACCAACCCCGAGAUGUGCUUGGUUCGCGACCGAGAGGGUAAAAACCCUCUCCACCUGGCAUCGGCCAAGGGGCACUACGAGAUUGUGAAGGCAUUAGUGAAGGCCAACCCCGAGAUGUGCUUGGUUCGCGACCGAGAGGGUAAAAACCCUCUCCACCUGGCCGCCGUGAAAGGCAAUUUCAAUGAGCUGAAAGAAUUGGUUCGAGCCUGCCCACAAGCGGCUCGAGAAAGGGUGGAUCGGAACGAGACGAUAUUGCACUUGUGUGUCAAGCACAAUCAAUGGAAGAGUUUGGAGAUACUAUUGGAGACGAUACAAGGUGAAGAGCUAGUCAAUGCCAAAGAUAACGAUGAAAACACAGUUUUGCAUCUGGCUGUUUUGGAUCAACGAUUAGAGAUCGCAAGUCAUGUCCUAAAGAACCAAACAGUAGAUGUGAAUGUGGAGAAUGCAAGUGGACACACAGCAAUGGACAUUUUGAUCCGCGUACAAAUGUCCAUUGCAAGAUCAGAUAAGAAAGAGUCCUGUUUAAAAGAAGAUACGCAAGAUUUGGAUAGCAUCAAAGACUUACUUCGAGGAGCUAAUGCUAAACGAGCGAAGGAUCUCGUGGGUGGCCACUGGCUCAAAAAGAAAAAGAAUUCGUUAAUGGUUGUGGCAUCACUUAUCGCGACAAUGGCAUUCCAAGCUGGGGUGAACCCUCCAGGUGGUGUUUGGCAAGACAACUCACAUGGACACAGAGCCGGGGAAGCUGUAAUGGCUUAUAAUUAUCAAGAUUCUUAUCCGUUCUUCCUCCGAUUCAACACAAUAGGUUUCGUUGCAUCAUUGAGCACGAUUUUGUUGCUCAUCAGUGGAUUAAAAUUCAAGAACAAGGCCUCAAUGUGGAUUCUUAUAGUGAGCAUGUGGUUGGCAAUAACAUCCAUGGCGAUUACAUAUGCGUUCUCAAACGUUGUGAUUACUCCUAAAGAGGGCAGGCGGCCACUCACUAAUACCAUUGUGAUUGCAGUCAUAGUGUGGUCGAGUGUGAUGACACUUCUUCUACUGAAACACACAUAUCACUUGGUAGCGAUUUUUGUGGAAGAGGAAAGGAAUAAAAAGAAAAAUGCAACCGAAAGGAUUAUGGAAUUCAAAAGUAUUAUGGAACAGAGUUUGAGCAAUGGUUGGUCUAUCCUACGCAAGUGCCUUGGUUUGGGAGAUGGAGGAGCGAAACCUCCCCUUCCCGUCACCACUGAGAUGUACUAAAGGAUAGAUAGAUUAGGAUUUCCAAUGUUUGAUCUUUUGGCCAGGGUAUGCAUUAGUGUAGUAAAGAAUUGUAAUACUCCAACGGAGAACGUACGUAUCGAUUGUAUUGGCAUAUAUGGAUAAUAAGUUUUUUCGUUCUAA